AUGGCGGAGACAGAGAACAGCGUAGAGGCAGUGUCGAAUGGCGAUCAUGCCUUUGACAUCUGGGAGGUGAGGCAGGUGCUACUGUCUAGCAGCACAAAGCGUCGGGCUGGCGAGCUUCACAGCAUCCACGAUCAGCUCGUGAGUCGAGAAAUCUCCAUUUCUCAAGUCCCCGCUCUCUUGAACACAUUCCUCGAUACGCUCCCUCUCUACGUCGAUACACGAUCAAGGCAGGCAGUGGAGUCGUGUCUGUCUGCAAUUGCCAGCGCAGAGGCCGCGCCGAAACUGCUUGCGCGCUUCGUGAAGAGCUUGGAGGAUGAGUCGAAGAAAGUGGCCAUUGCGCCAGCAAAUGCAUUCAUCUUGAUUCGGUGGAGCUCGCUGGUGUUACAACAUGCGGCAAAGCAAAAAGAGCUGUGGGACGUGGCCGGGGAAAUAUCAACCCGGACACUCACCAACGCCUUGAACAUCCUCUUCGCGUCGAAGCCAAAAGACAGCACCGUUGCGACCGCGCUCCGCGUAAGCAGAAGAGCCUUUCGAACAGUCCUCAAGGCACCUUUUGGCCCGGAAACGAUUGGCGCAUGCAUCACGAGACUCUCCGCCAAAGCUGCCAGUCCAGCUCCCCAGAAUGCUUUGCCGCUCGGCAUCAUCGCAGGCGUUUGCGCGCGAGUGGCAGGUCAGAAGUCAGUCGUGGAAGACAAACGGCAGCACUACUGUGCAUUCUACCUGAGAGAGUUCCUUGGGUCCAAAGUCCAGCUUCCGGUCUACAUCAGCAAUGCUCUGCACGACUUUUGGGAAUCAUACGUGUCAGUGGAAGAUCUCAAGAAGGACAUCAUACCGACUGUGGAGAAGUCGCUUCUGCGGGCACCAGAGGUCGUGCUGAACGAUCUGGUGGCGCCUGUGGUAUCCUCCCUACCCGCAGACCAGGACUUGUCUGACAUACUCGCAAACAACCUCGUCAAGCCGCUGGUCUCAAACAUCAAGUCUACAAAUGCGACAACUCGAGAAGGCGCUGUGCGAACGUUCAAAGCACUAGCACAGCGUUGCAAAGACGAGAAGCUGGUCGAGAAGGCCGCGGACGAGAUCCUGACACCCCUGAAGACCAACAAAGUAACAUCCGCUGAUCAGCGCGUCCUGCAUGCUGAUAUGCUCUCUGUACUGUCACCUUCAUCGUCACUAGCGUCAAAAGUGCCCCAAGGACUUGUACCGGUAGCUGUCAAGGAAGGAAACGAGCCGGCGGCAUCUGCCAUCGUCAGCUGUAUCGCAGUGUUCGUGCGGUAUGCUCUUGAGCAGGGUGCGAAGGUUGACAACGCAACAAUCGAUGCAUUCAAUAAAGGCUUGGCUGAGAAACGCUUGCCAAUGCGUCGCAUCUGGGCACUGCACCUGGCUGAGAUCGUUUCGUCAGUGACCCCAGAGACUCUAGCGAACGAGGCGACCACCUCCCUGUUCGAUGCAUGUGUGGGCAAGUUCAUCGAUGCCUUCAACGAUGUUCACGCGAACCCGCUGCCAGCCGCACAAAACGGACAGGUGUCAGUGGCAUGUGCGGCAACAGCCCUGUGCCUUGCGAGAGCACCUGGCAUGCCAAAUCUCAAGAACACCUCUAUCAUCAAGAAAGCCAGCAUCGCUAGUAAGGUCUUGGCGCUGGAACCGAAACCAUCAUUCUUGCUCAACCCUCGUGUAUACACGAAGCUCGCCACCAAGGAGGAUCUCAAGUGGUUCCUGCGUGCCGUCAAUGCUGUCUUCCCACGGUUGCAAACGGAGAACGGCCAGGACGCGCUAUCAAUUGCUUGGGCUCAAGCUCUCAUCUUUCUCAUUGCGUCAAGUGCCGUGCCUGCAGAAAUCAAGAAAGAGGCUCUCGUAGCUCUGCAGACUCUCUACACCACAGCUCCUCGCGCUACGGCUCAGAUUGUUGUCAACGGCUUGUGGCAAUGGUGCGAAGACCUCGAGCUUGAAAGCAAGGACAGCACCGCUGUAGCAGCCAAGUCAGGCAACGACAAAUUAUUUAGAGUUGUGCGGGCGAUAUGUCUUGACUCAGAAGCUUUGUCGAAACUGAAUGCCGAUAUCGAGAAGGAAGUGAUCGAGACGCAACUGAGGGCACUCUUGGUUCUCUGCAGACCACAACUGGUGCCGAAAGCACCGUGGAUCGAUAUGUGUCUCCGAACCGGCACUGAUCCUGGCACCAUGGUGGAGAAGUCGUCACAGGACUGCCUGGUACGAAUACUGGCGGUGACCGAGAAUCCCGUUUGGCGACCACUUCCGGCUUUCCAGAUGGCAGCAUGUGCCGCCGCUGCUGACCUGGCUUUUGUUGCCCCUGAGACGAUGACACCACUCCUUGUCGCACAAAUAUCGUUGGAUCUAGAUCUGAAACAGCUCAGCGAUAUUGGCCCGACUGAAGCAGCAAUAUCACGAACGCCCGAAGGAACAGCUUUCGUUGACGUGCUGUCGACGUCCAGCCAGACUCAGCAGAUCAGCAAGAAUGACAAAGACUACGAGAUCCUGAAGUUUGAAGAAGAGCUACGAGCGCAGAUCGCUUCGAAGAAAGGGCAGACCAAGAAGCUUACACCAGAUGAACAGGCUAAAGUCAACGCCCAGCUCAAGAAAGAGUCCGAGAUACGAAAGCAGGUCAGUGAAGUGGCUGAUCGAUUACGACGAGGUAUCGGCAUGAUCACUGCGCUCGCGACAGGACCACCAACUGAGGCUGAGGCCUGGUUUGGCUCCUCUGUGAAGCUUCUCUUCGAGGUGAUUCAAGCUGGCGCCGGCCUCAUCCUUGGCGAUGCUGCCUCAGUAGGCUACCUCCGUUGCUCUGAGAAGACCUCGACACGCCUUGGCCAGUUGCGACCUUUCGUCGGUGUCGCCACCUUGAGAUCAGCCGGCAUCACCAUGCUGCCAGAGAAUCUUCUCGCUGAACCUCUUGGAGAUCUUGUCACUCGGUUGCUGUACAGGAUUCGAUUCCUCGGCGAGCAAAAACCGUUUGACACUGUCACUCUGAGUUAUAUCCUGUCACUGAUCUUUUUGGUCUUGGAGAAUGCAGGUGUCGAUCGUGCUGCAGGUGAAGACGCUGACGAGCAGAUCAUUCUCGCUAUCGAGUUCAUGUCGUUCCACACACAAGCCUGCGAAGAUCCUCGUCUGCCUCGAGAGAAGAUCAUCGCCACGCUCAUCGCGGCAAUGCAGCGUUAUACUCAGCACUUCAGAGACAUCAAGGACUGCUUCGCCGACCUUUGUCGAUGUGUCGCACCAAGCAUGAUCGCCACAGAGACUGACACUGCUGUCCGAGGUGUACUUGUUUCCGACACUUCCGUGCGUAAUGCUGUGUUGCAGGCGAUAAGUGCCGAACUCGAACUGGCAGAUCGUGAGUUUUACGAAGAGAUCUGGCUGGCUUGCCACGACGACGAUGAGGAGAAUGCUGGCAUUGCACAUGAGAUCUGGGAAGAGAACGAGCUCAAAGUCGUGCCUGAUGGUGCGAUGCAGUGUCUGUCGUAUCUUGAGUCGCUUGAUCCACAACUCAGACGUGCGGCUGCCAGAGCUGUCGCAGCUGCUGUCAAGCAGAAUCCAGCCACGUUCCAAGACGUGCUCCAAGCACUACAAGUCCGCUACGCCGAAGCUGCGAAGCCUAGAAAACCAGAGCUCGACAAGUAUGGAAUGCCGCUCAAGAAGGACUUGUCGGAUCCGUGGGAGGCCAGACAUGGCUUCGCGUUGGCGUUCAAAGAAAUGGCGGUCACCUUCCCAGCAGAGCAACUUCAGUCAUUCCUAAACUUCCUGAUACAGAAUGGUCCGUUGGCUGAUAAGAGUGUAACUGUACGAGAUGCCAUGGUUGAUGCAGCCACUGCGGUUGUAUCAGCUCGGGGUAAGGAACUCGUAGAGCCACUGAUGAAGCUUUGCGAGGAUACGCUUGGCUCGAGCAGUAACUCGCAAACCCAGGAUCUGGUCAAUGAAGCCGUGGUCAUUCUCUACGGCGCUCUGGCUAGACAUUUACCAAAGGGCGAUCAACGCAUACCGAAGGUGGUCAAUCGCUUACUGGACACGCUCAGUACACCAUCGGAGUCUGUACAAUAUGCAGUAGCACAGUGCCUCCCACCACUUGUCCGAGCAUCGAUCGAUCAAGCAGGACAAUAUCUGCAGCAGACGCUGAACGAUACCUUACAUGCCAAGAAGUAUGCAGCGCGUCGUGGUGCAGCAUACGGUUUAGCUGGUAUCGUCAAGGGCAGAGGUAUCUCGAUCUUGCGGGAAACCAGACUCCUGUCCACACUCAGGAGCGCGACCGAGAACAAGAAGGACCCGAAUGAACGACAAGGUGCUUUCCUGGCCAUCGAGCUGCUUUCAUUGCUUCUGGGACGUGUCUUCGAGCCCUACGUGAUUCAGCUUGUACCUCAGAUGCUCUCCGGAUUUGGCGAUGCUAGCGCUGAUGUGCGUGAAGCUUGUCUGGACGCAGCGAAGACGUGCUUCUCGUCGUUGAGCUCGUUCGGUGUCAAGCAAGUCUUGCCACAAUUGCUAGAUGGUCUUGACGAGCAGCAGUGGCGCAGCAAGAAAGGUGCUUGCGACUCGUUGGGCGCCAUGGCAUACCUCGACCCACAACAGCUUGCUGUCUCGCUGCCAGAGAUCAUCCCUCCACUCACGGAGGUGCUCAAUGACAGCCACAAAGAAGUGCGCUCCUCUGCCAAUCGAAGCUUACAGCGAUUCGGAGAAGUCAUCAGCAACCCCGAAGUGAAGAGUCAGGUCAGCAUAUUGUUGAAGGCUCUCAGCGAUCCUACAAAGUACACCGACGAAGCUCUUGACGCGCUCAUCAAGGUCAACUUCAUCCAUUACCUCGAUGCGCCAUCACUCGCGCUCGUCGUUCGCAUCUUGGAACGUGGUCUCGGCGACCGCUCUGCGACAAAGCGAAAAGCGGCUCAGAUCAUUGGCAGUCUGGCACAUCUCACGGAAAAGAGAGAUCUCACAGCACAUCUACCGAUCCUUGUCGCCGGCCUACGAGUGGCAGUGGUCGAUCCGGUGCCUACCACUCGUGCCACUGCUUCGAAGGCAUUGGGUUCUACGAUCGAGAAGCUCGGCGAGGAUGCGCUGCCAGAUCUCAUCCCAAGCCUCAUGUCCACACUCAAGUCCGAUUCUGGUGCUGGUGAUCGUCUUGGUUCUGCCCAGGCACUGUCUGAAGUGCUUGCCGGUCUUGGUACGAGCAGACUUGAGGAGACUUUGCCAACUAUCAUGCAGAACGUGUCCAGCUCCAAGGCAUCUGUGCGCGAGGGCUUCAUGUCGCUGUUCAUCUUCUUGCCGGCGUGCUUCGGUAACAGCUUCGCGAACUACCUCAACCGGAUCAUUCCACCCAUUCUCGCAGGUCUGGCAGACGAUGUCGAGUCCAUCCGCGAGACAGCCCUUCGCGCUGGUCGCCUGCUUGUCAAGAACUUUGCAGCUCGCUCCGUUGAUCUCUUGCUUCCUGAGCUUGAGCGUGGUCUUGCUGAUGACAGCUACCGCAUUCGUCUCAGCUCUGUCGAAUUGGUCGGUGACCUCCUGUUUAACCUUACCGGAAUCAGUGGCAAGGCCGAAGCCGAAGACAUCGAGGAAGGUGCUAACGAAGCCGGCCAAUCUCUUCUCGAGAUUCUUGGCGAGGAGAAGCGCAACAGAGUGCUCUCUGCGUUGUACAUCUGCCGCUGCGAUACUUCUGGCCUGGUUCGUACAUCUGCCAUGAACGUGUGGAAGGCUCUUGUUUCAUCGCCGCGGACACUGCGUGAGCUUGUGCCAACGCUCACGCAACUUCUCAUCCGGAGAUUGGCUAGCUCCAACCCAGAGCAAAAGGUCAUUGCUGGUAAUGCUCUCGGCGAACUUAUUAGGAAAGCCGGAGAAGGCGUACUCGCAACACUUCUACCCACCCUUGAGGAAGGUCUGCAGACCUCGACAGAUACCGAUGCCAGAGAAGGUAUCUGUAUUGCCCUGCGUGAGCUCAUCAGUGCAGCAACACCAGAGUCGCUCGAAGACUACGAAAAGACUCUCAUCUCUGUGGUCCGCACUGCACUGGUUGACUCAAACGAAGACGUCAGAGAGGCUGCAGCUGAGGCGUUCGACAGCUUGCAGAAGAUCUUGGGCAAGCGUGCGGUCGACCAGGUUCUACCACAUCUGCUGAACCUACUGAGAUCAGAAGAGGACAAGGACAACGCGCUCUCUGCUCUGCUCACCCUCCUUACAGAGACAUCAAGAUCGAACAUCAUCCUGCCGAACUUGCUUCCUACGCUACUCACAUCGCCUAUCUCAGGCUUCAAUGCUAGAGCACUGGCAUCACUCGCGGAAGUCGCCAGCUCCGCCAUGACAAGAAGACUGCCGAACAUUCUGAACUCACUCAUGGACAACAAGAUUGCCACCAAAGACAUGGACGUUAGAUCAGAUCUUGAUGCAGCAUUCAAUUCCAUCCUGCUGUCUGUUGACGAAUAUGAUGGCCUUAACACCAUGAUGAGCGUUAUGCUUGCUAUGGCUAAGCACGACGACCAUCGCCGACGCGCAGCUGCUGAUCUUCACCUGGCCAAGUUCUUUUCGGAAACUGACAUUGACUUCUCGAGAUACUACCCAGACAUCAUUCGAGCGUUGCUUAUUGCCUUCGAUGAUAGUGACAACGAAGUCGUCAAGGCAGCCUGGUCCGCACUUGAUGCUUUGAUGAAGAAGCUUCGCAAGGAGGAGAUGGAGUCUCUUGUCGUGUCGACAAGACAGACUCUCAACCAGGUGGGUGUUGCUGGACACGCUCUGCCAGGAUUCUCUCUACCAAAGGGCAUCAACGCCAUUCUGCCAAUUUUCUUGCAAGGUUUGAUGAAUGGCUCAGCCGAGCAGAGAACACAGGCCGCGCUUGCCAUCUCGGACCUCAUCGACCGUACAGCGGCGGAUGGCCUACGACCAUUCGUCACACAGAUCACCGGUCCACUCAUCCGUGUUGUGUCAGAGCGAUCUACCGAGCUCAAAGCGGCUAUCCUGCUGACGCUGAACAACUUGCUGGAGAAGAUCCCGACGUUCCUCAAGCCGUUCUUGCCACAGCUUCAGCGCACGUUUGCAAAGUCACUAGCAGACCCUUCAAGCGAGGUCCUCCGGUCACGAGCUGCGAAGGCGCUCGGCACGCUGAUUACCAUGACGCCGCGUAUCGAUCCGCUCAUUGCUGAACUCGUCACUGGAUCGAAGACAACAGACAUGGGCGUCAAGAAUGCUAUACUGAAAGCACUGUACGAGGUGGUGAGCAAAGCUGGUGCCAACAUGAAUGACGUGUCACGGAACUCCAUUCUCGGCCUCAUCGAUUCUGACUCGGGCGACUCUGAUGAUGCCCUUGACAUUACAUACGCCAAGCUGCUCGGCGCAUUGAUCAAGGUCCUGCCUACGGAUACGCAGACCGAGCUUAUCAAGAGUCGUGUACUCAGGAAGGAUUUCUCGCACGCAUCCAUCCUGGCACUUAACGCUGUGCUACUAGAUGCACCGGAGACCUUGACCACUUCGCUCGACGACAUCACCCGCACGAUCAUCGCUCAAGGUAUCCGCAACAGGGAACCCUUCAUCGCCGACAAUGCUGUCCUCGCAUCAGGCAAGUACCUCCUUUCAGAUGCUGGCAACAAGACGUAUGAAGGCACGAAACCAAUCUUCGAGACUUUCGCCGAUUACGUCCUUCCCGGUGCUCCAGUCGACACCCGUCGCCUCAUUCUCGUUGUGAUUCGCACCGUCUCUCGCGAGAACAACGAGCUCAUCCGUCCUCAUCUGGCUCUCCUCGUCCCAGCCAUCUUCAAGGGUGUGCGCGAUCCUGUUAUUCCCGUCAAGCUCUCGGCGGAAGCUGCGUUCUUGUCCAUCUUCCAGGUCGUGGAAGAGGAGAGUGCGGUAUUUGACAAGUUCAUGCAGGGUCCUGGGGCGAGCUUGGGUCCGGGUGAGAAGAGAAGCAUGCAGGAGUACUUCAAGCGUAUUGCGCUGAGGUUGAGCAGUCAGGCUAGAGAGAGGAAGGAGGCAGAAGGUGGUGCUGGAGGUCUCGGCUUGAGUAGUGAUGAGCAGGAGGAUGUGAGGGAGGUGUGGAGUAUUGGCAAGGUGGAUUUGGGAGAAGGGAACUUUGCGGAUGAGUAG